AGCCAAUAAGCCCAUCCUCAACCCGAACCCAACCCGUCGCUCAACUCGGUGAAGCACACGCCCUGUCAGCUACAGGUUUUAAGACUAUUACCCCCAGGCAUCUCUCAAGAGUGAUUCAAUUGGCAGCUGGAGGAUCAAGAUUGCUCGUCCGCGGCUUAUUGUGGCUCGAAGGUCUUUAGGUUAUCGAGCCUUCGAUGAUAGUGGAAGGUGGAUGAGGAUUGCACGGCCGAGCACUUUUCCGUAGGGAAACAGCACUGCAAGAGGCGGACACAGAGGGUGUAUAUAAGUUGGCUAUUCAAUACGCAACGUCCAUCAUCCAGCACCCAAAACCAAACCAAACACCACCACCCACCAUGGCAGCGAACUACCCCCUCUCCUCCACCCCUUCCCUGCAAGACCAAUUCAUUGGCAGAAAACUCACCGAUCUGCCCACGCCGUCAGUCAUCCUGGACCGCAGCCUCAUCAAGAAGAAUUGCACCGCCAUGUUGCAAGUUUGCGAGAGAUUAGGUGUUGGGUUCAGGGCACAUGUUAAAAGCCACAAGACACUGGAGCUGUCAAAGAUGAUGGUCGGGGAUGGGCGGGAAGGCUCGCCAGCACAAUUCAUCGUCAGCACCAUCGCGGAGGCGGAGAAUCUGGUGGAGUAUGUGAGGGCGGAACAGGAGAGGGGCAGAGAAGCCAGCAUUCUCUACGGCGUCCCAGUGCCUCAGGGCGCUAUACCGCGCCUCAUCACUCUCGCCAGCAGCCUCGCACCCUCGUCAAUCAACGUCAUAAUCGAUAACGAAGAUGCAUUCACCCGGUUCCACGACACUCUAACCUUCCACCCAGCCUUCGCACCUGAGAAGAAAAUCGGCGUGUUCGUGAAGAUAGAUACCGGCUACCAGCGCGCCGGCAUCGUGACCUCCUCACCCCAGUUCAAGCCCCUGGUUGAUGCCAUCCUGGCGAAAGAUGCGAGUAAAGGAGGCCAGGGCGCGGUGCUGCUCAAGGGUUUCUACAGCCACUUCGGGCACUCGUAUGCCGGGAACUCCGAGGACGACGCGGCAUCGGGGCUGAUCGACGAGCUCCUCGGUCUAGAAGUCGCCGCUCAAGCGGUCCCGGAGGAGAAGCGCAAGGGACUUGUGCUGUCAAUAGGAGCGACGCCGACGGCGACGGCGGCGCAGAACAUGCUGUCGGGGAACUCGCCGAGGGUGGAUGAAUUCCAUGUUGUCCUGGCGAGACUGAAAGAGCAGUAUGUUGUUGAGUUGCACGCUGGUGUGUAUCCGUUGCUGGACUGCCAACAGGUUGCUACUCAUGCCCGGCCAGCGGAGGGUGAAGCGAGAGAAGGAUUCCAGCCGUUGAAUAAGGAUAGUAUUGCGAUUCGUAUGCUUGUCGAAAUCACUUCCGUUUACACCGAGCGCGAGAAGCCUGAGGCCUUGGUUUCGGCGGGUAGCUUGGUGAUGGGGAGGGAGCCGUGUAAGAGCUAUCCUGGGUGGGGCAUUGUUACGGGGACGCUUGGUAACUCGAAAACAACUUCGGUGUAUGAUGAGCGCGGGGAGAAGACAGGAUGGAUUGUUGGGAGGAUCAGUCAGGAGCAUGGGAUCUUGACUUGGAAGGGGGACAGGAGCAAGUGCAAUGAGCUGGCGAUUGGGGAUAAGGUGGAGGUCUGGCCAAAUCAUGCUUGUGUUGCUGGUGCCGGGUUGGGGUGGUACCUAAUCGUGGACUCGGAGCAGGGAGGACAUGAGGUUGUCGAUGUGUGGCCAAGAUGGAGGGGCUGGUAGAGCUGUUUCCUGAGAUAGCUUUGUGUAUAGUGCUAAUCCUUACUGGUUCAU